AUGGUCCUGGCGCUGGGGGAGUCCCCUCUACGGCUACCAGCGAGCAGAGGGGGGAGAUCUGACCAUCGGGGGCUAUGGGUGACCCUUUUAUUUACUUGUCGGAGUGAGGCAGAGCUAGCGCGGCUGCCAGCGAAGGCCAUCCCGGGGCUAAGGCUCCUCGACGGCUUCCAGUGCCUGACCUGCUCAGCCCACCUCACAAGGGAUUGCAAGUCGAUACAACGGCACGUGUCGAAAGCCCACCAGCAAAAGCUAGCGUUGCAUAAGAAGAGCCCUCUGUGGCGGGGGUGCAAGCUUCAGACUUUCUUUGCCGAGAACCGCUGGGUUCGGUAUUUCGUAGUAGAGGAAGGAAAAGCAACUACUAGAGGGAGCUCCGAAUGCUCUUUUAUAGCUAGCUUGGAUUCGAGGGAGGCAGACUUCUUUACGCAGCUUAACGAGGACGCAGCUAUUGCAGGUGAGGAUGCUAAAGCAGAAGCCAACACCGUUCAUAGCUUCGGUAGCCAUAAAUCUGCUGUAGUGCCGUGGCUUCGACGGACGGGCAUCGAGGAGCACACGCGGGGCUUGAAGAAGGACGAGAUGCACACCUCUUUUGCGGUGCCAAAGAAUGCCGAGAGCGAGCCCGAGCUGUUCUUAAUGCUAGAGGAAAAUGCGUGGGAAGCGGCCUCCCAAAGCGCUGUAAAGCAAGACCGGCCUGCGCUGAGAAACGCUAUGUCGGACCUCUCAAUAGCGCUGGUCUGCCACGAAUUUGGAGGCAAUCGGUACAACUCCCCACUGCUUAGCUUCUGCGCUAUGCUCAGCGUCAAGCCACACACUAAGACUUGGAAGGAGCCGGGCAACUAUAAUAGCUGCUUGUCUGGCGUGAUCUGGGUUGCGCAGCUCAUCAUCUUCCACGCUAGCGCCUGUCUGGAGAAGGCGGAGCUAGGUGAUACACUCGAGCGCAUUGAGCAGUAUUACGGGAAGUUCUUGAAGCAGGACACCGAGACUCCCAUGGGCGAGAUCCUCGGCUGGCGCUUGCUACUGUUUACUAUCUCGAAGGAGGUCGUUGGGCCGCACCAAGCAUAG